AUGGAGCAGGAAGUUACUGACAUUCAUAUGGAGAAGGAUCCAGAAGGUGUCAUAAUUUACUCAAAUGGUGUCUCCCACGAUAAAAGUUACAAAAGUGCAAGCUACCAAGAUGACGUACUACCAUUUGAACAAAUUAAUCCCAACCCAGAACUGGAUGAUGCAUCGAAAGAGGAUGCUGAACUAAAGGAGUGUCAAAUAAAGGAAUGCAAUUCUGAGAAGUCGGUUGAGAUCAGUAAACUUUGCCAAGUUGAAGAAGGUGAUGCCAACGAUCUUCCAAGCUCAAAUGUUGAUAUUAACAUGAUAAAGGAGGAUGCAAAAUCUGAAGGCUGUAAAAUAACAGCUCACGAGAAGAGAUCAAGGACCUCUGGAAAAUUUGCUACAAAGUCGGCAGCUGGAAAUUGUAAAACAAAAUGCUCUGUUCCACAGCCAUUUGCUCUGGCAACUGAAAAGCGUGCUUUAUAUGGUACUCACCCUUAUGGGGAAGAGUUCGAUAAACCAUCUAAUGUUGACAGUUUGCUGCAGCCAAGUGCUGCAAAGCUGAAUCAGCUAGUCUUGCCUAUUGUACCAAGGAAGCCAUUGCAACCUAAUAACAAGAAACAUCCAGAUGAUGAUAACUAUUCAGUUGCUUCCACAACUGUGGCAUCAGCAAGAAAGUUCAGGACAACUGUUGCAUCAGCCCCAACCUUCAGGUGCAAUGACCGUGCAGAGAGAAGAAAAGAGUUUUAUACAAAAUUAGAGGAGAAACAUCAAGCACUGGAGGCAGAGAAAACUCAAUGUGAGGCAAGGACAAAGGAAGAGACUGAAGCAGCAAUCAAGCAACUAAGGAAGAGUUUGGCGUUUAAAGCAAGCCCGAUGCCAAGCUUCUACCAUGAGGGACCUCCACCAAAGGUCGAACUGAAAAAGAUACCUCCUACUCGAGCAAAAUCACCAAAGUUGGGCAGAAGGAAGAACUUCAGUGACUUGGGAGCUUUGGACAUAGGGAUUCAAGGUCAUCGAGGUUUCACCAUUUACAGAGACAUUCCUCAAAUACUUCCCGCAAACAGGAAAAAUGGGAUCAAUGUCCAGAAUGGUACUGCUUCCUGCAAAACUAAAAAACAACCCCAACAUGAUUGA